AUAGCUGAAAGCAAUGAAAAAUUCUAAAGUGUGGACUCUGUAACUGCAGAACCAGCUCAAACCGGCCCUAUCCUGUUUCUAACAAGACCCGGGGACCAAAGUUUAAACUUUGGAUACGCCACUCAGCAUAACCCUUGUGAACCUCAGCUGCUCCCCCCACAGAGACAAACAACCGGACCCUGACCUGAACCUGUCCAGGGAGGACUCUUUCAGAGGCAAAGGGUCCGCUGUCCAGGAAGAUCUGGUGCUGAAAACGCUUAAAUCCUGUCCCCCACCCUGGAUCCAGGAAACAGAUUGGAGCCUUCCCUCCUGUCUCCUUGCCAGCUGAAUGCACAUGCAAAAGCUUUCUCUUCUCCUGAGCCUCUGACAUAGUCCUAGUUCCUGCGCACGCUGGGCAGCAAACCCUUGCUCAUCAACAACUCCACCCAGGUGUGGCUGAAUAGAGACCCUGAGUUCCUACCACUGGAGUUUAAAAAUAGUAGUAAUAGUAAUUAUUAUUAUUUAUUCAUUGAAUUCUUACUAUGUGCCAGGACUUGUGGUAAGCAUUUUAAAUGCAUGAUCGUAUUUAAAUCUCAAGUGGCUCCAUGAAGCACAGCCCAUUAUUAUGAACGUCGUUUGCAGAUAAACUCACCAUGACUUGGAGAGGUGAAGGAGCUCCUCAGGGAAGUCCUCCCAGGUCGAGCUCACUAGAGACCUCGGGUUUCUACCUGCUGAGGUCUUUCUCUCUCCCAUGCCAGGUGUGACCGCCAUGCUGGGGCUAAACCACACCUUCGUGUCUGAAUUCAUCCUCAUCGGCUUCUCUGCCUUCUCUCACCUUCAGCUGAUGUUCUUCCUGCUGUUCCUGCUGAUGUACCUGUUCACACUGCUGGGGAACCUGCUCAUCAUGGCCACCAUCUGGGCCGAGCGCAGCCUCCACACGCCCAUGUACCUCUUCCUGUGCGCCCUCUCUGUCUCCGAGAUCCUCUACACCUUCACCAUCAUCCCACGCAUGCUGGCCGACCUGCUCUCCACCCACCACUCCAUUGCCCUCCAGGCCUGUGCCAGCCAGAUGUUCUUCUCCUUCACAUUUGGCUUCACCCACUCCUUCCUGCUCACGGUCAUGGGCUAUGACCGCUACGUGGCCAUCUGCCACCCCCUGCGCUACAACGUGCUCAUGAGUCCCCGUGGCUGUGCCUGCCUGGUGUCCUGGUCUUGGGUAGGUGGCUUGGUUAUGGGGCUGGUGGUGACAAUGGCCAUUUUUCACCUCACCUUCUGUGGACCCAAUGAGAUCCACCAUUUUUUUUGCCAUGUGCCACCUCUUGUGAAGUUGGCCUGUGGUGAUAAUGUACCAGAUGUGGCCAAGGGUGUGGGCCUGGUGUGCAUCACAGCCCUGCUGGGCUGCUGUCUCCUCAUCCUCCUCUCCUACGCCUCCAUCGUAGUUGCCGUCUUGAGGAUCUCCUCUGCUGAGGGCCGCCACAGGGCCUUCUCCACGUGCACAUCCCACCUCACUGUGGUGGUCGUGCACUAUGGCUUCGCCUCUGUGAUCUACCUCAAGUCCAAGGGUCCCCAGUCUCUGGAAGGAGACACCCUGAUGGGCGUCACCUACACAGUCCUCACACCCUUCCUCAGCCCCAUUAUCUUCAGCCUUAGGAACAAGGAGCUGAAGAACACCAUGAAAAAGAACUUCCUCAGCAAGCCCUUUCUGCUGAGCUCCUGAAGUGGCUGGUUUCACAGCAGGGGAUGUGGUGGGUGAAGACAUUCCAGUCUUCCAUCUAUAAAAUGUGUAGAAUUAUGCUCCACUGGUGAUGACUCCUGUAUGCAAACUCCCCUACCUGCACCCUUGGCAAGUGCUCUGUAAGCUCCCUCCUUUCCCCCAGUCUGUCUGACCUCAUUUCUCCUGGAUUCACUGGGUCAUGACCUCCCCAAUAUUGAUCUUGUGUGACAUAUUUCUGUUUCCUGUGCCUGAGAGUGGCCUGGAGGAAAGGAUGCCCACAUCGUGGUGUUGGGAGACUUAUGUUCAUGGCUUAUUUUGAAUGAGUGAGUGAGGGAUGCUUGCUGUGCCCAAAAAGACAGGGACAUAAACAGUGACAGUGAUUUGGCGCCUCCUGUGUACCAAGCAUCAUGUUCUGUGCUUCAGACACAUCAUUCCCUCUCAUUCUGACUAUUGUCUUGAGAAAAGGAAAGCAUUUUUAUAGUGAAAUUAUUUUUUAUUUUAGUUCUUCACAUUUUUGCAGGAAGGGUGUUUCCUCCUAGGAGGGGCCUCUGUUGACUGAGCUGUAUAACAGGUCUCUGGGUGCAAAGCACAAAGAGAAAGGGGGGACCUGAAUGUCUCCUUGGGAGAAAAGACAUGUGUAGAGAGAUGAGCUGAGAGCAUAGGAGAAGAGUGAGAAAGUGGUAGCUGAGUUAAGGGAAAGGGAAGGGACAGGAAGAAAAACACGAUUCCUGGCAAUGGACCCAGACCCAGUGCUGGUGAAGACAUGGGAGGAAAAAGCAGGGACAUGAAUGAGCAGUUUAUAAGGUUGCCCGUAGAGUGUCUGAUACAAAUCUCCUUCCCCAACUCCCUUGAAAUCCUCAAUAAAAUGUCAUUUCUCUUUCAUGUGUUGGGAGUCAUGUAUGUUGGGCAGAUGUACCUGCAGGCUGGGCCCUACCUCAAGGGAGGUGCUCAGGCAGGUCAGGUAGCCCCUGUGGUCACACCCCAUUUAAAAAUGAGGAGAUGGACACAGUGAGGUUUGGGACUUUCCCAGGGUCAUGGAGCCAGUGAGGAGCGGGAAUGCAGUAUGAAAUUGGCCAGGUGAGUCCUCUUUGGCAGCAAGUCUCUAACUUGAGGGCACAUCAGAGUUACCAGAGGGGCUGGUUAAGUCACAGUCUGCGGGGUCUCACCCAGAGUGUCCAAUUCAGUAGGUCUGGGAGGGGCUCUAGAAUCUGAUACUCUAGCACAGAUGCUGCUGGAGGUGGUCUGGGGAUGACGCAUUGGGAACACUGCUCUACAGAAUCUAUAGCUCAAAAUAAAGCCGGAUAUUUGGAUUGGAGACAGAAGUAACCCCCUUCCUUCCUUCUUCCAUCCUUCCCUCCUUCCUUCUUUCCUUCCUUAUUAAUGGUUAUGAUGAUAACAGCUUCCGUUUUUUUGAGCAUUUAUCAUUAGCUAAGUAUGGUCUUUUUAAAAUAGCAUUACUAAGCUAUAAUUCACAUACUGUAUAAUCCACCCACUUAAAAAGGUAUGUAAUCACCACCACAGUCAAUUUAGAACAUUUCCAUUAUCUCCAAAAGAAGCCCUAUAACCUUUAGCUAUCAUCCCUCUUUCCCCCUUUCCUUUGGCCCUAAGCAACCACUAAUCUAUCGUCUCUACAGAUUUGCAUUUUCUGGACAUUUUGUGUAAAUGGAAUCACAUAUUUAACCCCUUCGUGUCUGGCUUCUUUUACUUAACAUAAUGUUUUUGAGGUCUAUCCAUGUUGUAGCCUGUAUCAGUUCUCUCAUUCCUUGUUAUGGCCAAGUAAUAUUCCAUUGUUUAGAAUUACUGUAUUUUUGUUUAUUUACUCACCUGUCGGUAGAGAUUAGGAUUAUUUCCACCUUUAGCUAUCAUGAGUGUUGCUACUAUAAACAUUCUAGUCUUUGCCUGGACACAUGUUUUCACUUUGGGGCACAUUCCUACCCCCCAGUG